AUGUGUUGGUUCUUCUUUCUGGAGUAUUAUUCUUUUGCCCACUGUGUGGCGGGUGGUUGUGCAAGCAUUGCCACCUCUUCUAUUUUCACUCCAAGCGAACGAAUAAAGCAGCAGAUGCAGGUUGGGUCUCAUUAUCGCAACUGCUGGCUUGCAAUGGUUGAAAUUAUCAGUAAGGGUGGUUUUUAUUCAUUAUACGCUGGCUGGGGAGCUGUACUUUGCCGGAAUGUCCCACAUUCAAUCGUCAAGUUUUACGUAUAUGAAAGGUUGAAGCAAGUUAUGUCAUCUUUGCCGUCGAGUGUAAGGCCUAACACAUUUCAGACUUUACUCUGUGGAGGAUUAGCUGGAUCCACUGCUGCUUUUGUCACCACCCCUUUUGAUGUUAUCAAGACAAGAUUACAGACACAGAUUCCUGGAUCUGUAAAUCAGUAUCAUAGUGUGUUUCACGCCCUUUGCAAAAUAGGAAAUAAUGAAGGUGUGAGGGGACUAUACAGGGGAUUGACUCCAAGGUUAAUUAUAUACAUGUCUCAAGGAUCUCUGUUCUUUGCUUCAUAUGAAUUUUUCAAGAGUCUAUUUUCUUUGGAAGCGUAGCUUCCCUCUACUUUGGAAAACAAGAAUCGAGAUGACAGAAAAUACCAAGUUAACAGUUCCUCAAGCGUCAUGCAUCAGCAGGAAUUGAAAAUUGCCAUUCUUGACACGUAAAGGGCUUGUGUGGGAAGUAUGCCAGACCCGCUCUCAAGAUCAGCAAGAUGGUUCAUAAACCAAAGUGGCUCGUCGAUCUGCUGGCUGCUCUAUUCAAAAGGAUGAUGACUUAUUUAGAUCUUAGCUAAAGAGGGAAAUAAUCUAACAUCAAAAGCGUACAUGGAUAAUUAAUCACCAGUGUGCAUUGGUUCUUCAUUGCAGCAUUCUCCGUAUGCCUGUCCCUUGAUAUCAUACUACUGAGACCAAGCACGCCUCAGCUGAUGUUAUUU